CCACCUGUUUCAUCUAAUGAUGGAAAUGGCACCAAUGAUUCACCAAAACCAUUAGCCGGACAAACCAAAGUUGAACCCAAUUUAGUCGUGCGCCCUCCAAAGCAACAAAUCUCUUUCGAAAAAAACAUUCAAUUGCCACAGCUUCCUUCUCUUUUCGAAACCAUUGGAUAUGCGCAUUUCUUUGGUUCUUUUUUGAUCGGUCCUCAAUUUUCUUUCCACUUAUACAGAAAGUUUCUCACAGUGUCUUUGUAUCCUGAUGCAAGCAAUGUACCGCCAGGAUCCUACAAGUCCGCAUUGAAGAGCUUAACGCUUGGUGCCCUAUACCUGGGAGUUCAUCAGAUUGCUGUGGGCUACUUUCCAACGUCUUAUUUGAUCACUCCAGAGUACGCCGCGAAACCAUUUAUCAAACGAUUAGCAAUAAUGUGGUGUGCUGGAAAAUUCUCAUUCACCAAGUAUCUUGGGAUUUGGACGUUGGCCGAAGGAGCGUGCAUUCUCUCCGGAAUCUCAUUCAAUGGAUACGAUGACAAUGGUAAGGUUGAAUGGAAUGGUCUUGCCAACGUCGAAAAGUGGAAAUUCGAAUUCGCUACAUCUCUCGCGCAAAUCAUCGGUUCUUUUAACACUAACACAAAUCUAUGGACGAAAACCUAUAUUUUCAAACGACUUAUCUUCCUUGGUAACAAGAACUUAUCAACA